AUGGCCCCAAAUUCUUUUAUCACACAGAGUAGAAUCUCUCAAAGAUCCGAUGCUGAUUCCAAUGCAUUAAAAUCCUUUUCACAAACUUGGAUAGAAUGGACAGCAAUAGUUUCCGAACGACAUGGGUCAGUAAUUAAAUCCUUUUCACAAAGCUGGUCAGAGUGGACAUUGGAAGUGUCUAAACAAAAACCUCAACUUCCGGAACCUCCGACUGAUGCCUUGAAAUUACAACAGUAUAUUAUCAAUAAUCAUGGAUGGUGGCCAAUUUUUGGUGGAGAACCAAAACUCAAAAGGAAACAUGGUGCAUCCACCUCAUUACAAGUCUCACCAAAGAAAACGCCAAAUCGUUUAAUACAUUAUGAACUUCCAAAGCGUCGAAAAAUCCAUAAUAAUUCUCAUUUUUCGUCGCAAUUUUCAUGCAAAAAUUAUCUCGCCGUUGAAUGGAUCCCUGAAGAAGAUUUUUUUCUAACAGCAAAUCCACCAAGGACGACAACUUCCGCAUUACCUCAGGAAAAUUUCGCUGCAGUAACUAGUAGGGUCUUAUUAGUACGCAGGUUGAAAGCGAAACAGGGUAACGCUUUCAAGGGUGAUGCCGCCACGAGAUUUCGAAAAAGCGUUCUUACUAAAGAACAUAAUGCAACAAAAAAUUGGGCAAUAAGAUCCAUUGUUGAGACAUCAAAUGUUAAUCAUUCGAUUGAUGCUGAUGUGAUUGUAAAACGACCAUGGAAAGAUGGGACAACACAUCCCAUUGAAGGUACGCUUGAUGAUCUCAAGCGCUUGCGAAUUCAACGUGCUGGGGAUUUAGGUCUUUUAGCCCGUUCAAUAUUCGAAAAAACGCGAGCGGAUCGAGAACUAUUAGAAAAAGCUCGCGAAUAUUAUCGCAUUCACAAAGGUAAGUGUCGACCCAUGUUUGCGCGAAGGGUCGUCCCACCAACAACACCUCGACCCCUUACUCCUAAAAUUGGAAUAUUCGGCGCUAACCCUUUCAACUUCAAUACAAAUCAAGGGUUAAUUUCGGAAUUAAAUCAAGCCAUUAUAAUUCCGAGUGAAGAUCAUGGUGGUGUUGACAUUAAUAAAUGA